CUGCGGGUUCCACUGUGUAUGCGCCGUAUUUCUCUUCACGAUCUGUUUCUUCUUCAUAUUCGGCGGUGCUGUGAUGACCGGUUUUGGCAUCGCACGUGUCGGUGAUUCUCUAAAUAUCAGUGUACUUGGGAUCGUCGGUAUUGGACUACUUCUGGUAGGAUUAAUCAUAAUGACCAUUGGUGCCAUCUUGGUUUGUGAAGAUAGAAAGAACCAGCGCCGAGAAGCGGAAAGGAAGAGGAAAUCUAAAAGGGCAGGAAGGAAGAUCUACCUCCCUCGACUGGUGAGGGCAGACCGCACGGGGGAUGCAGCUAGCAGUCAGGAAUCUUCCAAUUGGCCCGAGGGGAGACCGGCACGAACACAGGACGAACUAGUCACAGCCAGGCCAACCACCAGGAAACAUACAGAUGUCUCAGAGGACCUGCCGGAUGGAUACACGGGUAACCCAGAGCCGGUAGCUUACUACAAUGAGGUAGAUGCAGAAUCAGGCUGA